CGCCGCGGGCGGCGGAUGCACGUGCGCUUACUCUCCAACUGUUCCAAGGUCGUCUAGACGGGCGACCCAAACUCUUUCACUCACGACCUAAUUCACCUAUCGCGCCUGCCUUUGUGAUUCUCGUACUUUGUCCACCGAGGGGUAGUCACUAAAAAACGUGCCACACCUCCUGCACUGUUGUCUGGCCGCCACCUAUACAGCGCAUCAGAUAGUCGACGUCAACCAUCUCCGCUCAGGAACACGUCGACGACUACAACCACCCACUCACCCUUACCCCACAUUCACACACACCAUGGCGACACCAGCAGCUACCAAGCGCCUUACAAGAGAAUACGCUUCCAUUUCCAAAUCACCACCUCCAUUCAUUACUGCGCACCCUUCGGACAGGAACAUCCUAGAAUGGCACUACAUCAUCACUGGCCCACCAGACACACCCUAUCACGGCGGCCAGUACUGGGGCACGCUGAACUUCCCGCCCGACUAUCCCUUUGCGCCGCCCGCAAUCCGCAUGCACACACCGUCCGGUCGAUUCCAGCCCAGCAGCCGGCUGUGUCUCAGCAUCUCCGACUUCCAUCCUAAGAGCUUCAACCCCGCAUGGGAGGUCAGCACGAUUCUGACGGGCCUGCUGAGUUUCAUGACCAGCGACGAGAUUACUACUGGUAGCGUCCGGGCAUCAGAAGCAGAGCGGAAACUCUUCGCCAAGCGCACACGGUGGUGGAACAGCACAGGCGGCGGCAGCAAAGCAUCUGGGUCAGACAACGCCGGUGGUCGCCAGAACGGCAACAUCAGGGCUGGAGAUGGUGGCGCAAAGUUCAGACACGAGUGGCCGGACGUGGACGAGGAGAAUCUCAAGUGGAUGAAGGAGAACCGCAUCGAUCCCCUCACGGGCCUACCACGGCCGGCAGCACCAACCCCUUCGCAGCAGCCAGCCUGCUCGCCCGACGUAUCUGGUCUGCGACGGCGCCCCGGCACAAGCGCAACGGUUGUUCAGGAUGCAGCGCAAAUAGCGCGCGAUGCAGGUCAAGGCUGGCUGAGCCGCAACAAGUGGAGGAUCGUUUUCGGAGCGAUGAUGCUGUACAUCCUAGUCGCGAGGGUACUAGGCGACGGAGCAAUCGCGACUCCUGCUUAGACAGACUGGUCAUCACAGGAUAGGGCAUAGUACAAGGAUAGUAGGGUAAUGCGCAUCAGCGGAAGACACAGAUCACAAUUCAUUCAAAUCGGCAUUUACUUUGGCGUUGGUGGGCGCUCGGCAUACCCAAGUUUCACUCAAGCGACCUGU